CUCCGGUCUCCUUCUGCCCAUGGAGCCGGCCCGGCCCGGCAGCGCAGACCGGGGUUCGGCGGCCGACCCGGGCUCCCGAGCCGGCCCCCCGCGCGGCCCCGGGAGCACGGCUCUGCUCCCGCCUGACGCUGGGGCUUCGGCGGCGCCUUUCCUCGGCGGCUGCGUCCCGGGAGGCCGUAGGAGCUCCCGACCGGACGGGCACGGCUUCGGGCACGGCUGCUUGCUGCGCGCAGGAACCGAGGAGCGGCCUCCGGCCCGGACGCCCCCCGAGGGUCUCUCGCUGCCGGCCCUGCUGCCCUCCGUCCCGGGCGGUCCCCCGUCCCCGGCAAAUCCCGGCCGGGCUGCCUUCCCCGCGCCGGCCCCGUCGGAACGGCGGGAGAUGCUGCCCAAAGCGGAGUCCAGCGAUCACAUCGCGGCCUGGGCAGGCCCCGCCGUGCCCCGCGCCCCCACGCUGCCUAAGGCCGUGUCCAGCGAGUUCCUCGCCAGCGGGUGGGCGGGCCUGGCCCCCCGAGUGGAGCCGGGCGAGCUGCCCGUCGUCGCCCGGCCCCUCGACCGGCUCGGCCCCGGCGACGUCUGUGAUCCGCUGCCGGACUGCCCGGCGGACGGCGCUUUCCGCAUCACAGUGGUCACCUGGAACGUAGGUACAGCCAUGCCCCCAAAUGAUGUGACGUCCUUGCUGCACCUCAACACGGGCGAGACAAACGAUGUGGACUUGAUCGCCAUUGGGCUGCAGGAGGUAAACUCCAAGAUAAACAAGCGCUUGAAGGAUGCCCUCUUCACAGAUCAGUGGAGUGAACUCUUCAUGGAUGUGCUGAGCCCCUUCCACUUCAUCCUGGUCAGCACAGUGCGGAUGCAAGGUGUGAUCCUACUGGUGUUUGCCAAGUACUACCACCUGCCCUUCCUGCAGGACAUCCAGACAGACUGCACCAGGACAGGGCUGGGGGGAUACUGGGGCAACAAGGGCGGGGUGAGUGUUCGUUUGUCCAUCUUCGGCCACAUGGUCUGCUUCCUGAACUGCCACCUGCCAGCACACCUGGAGAAGGCAGAGCAGCGCAAGGAGGACUUUGCCACCAUACUGCACAUGCAGCAGUUUGAGGGGCCUGUGGCCAACGGCAUCCUGGACCAUGACCUCGUGUUCUGGUUUGGGGACCUCAAUUUCCGCAUCGAGAGCCUGGACAUCUGCUUUGUGAAGUAUGCCAUCGACAGCAAUGUCCUGAGCCAGCUCUGGGAGAAGGAUCAGCUGAACAUUGCUAAAAGCACGUGGCCUGUUCUCAGAGGCUUCCAGGAGGGACCCCUGAACUUCCCACCCACUUUCAAAUUUGACGUGGGCACCAACAAGUAUGACAGCAGUGCCAAGAAGCGAAAACCUGCCUGGACUGACCGCAUCUUGUGGAAAAUAAAACCUCCCAGCAAGGGGUUGGGCACAGGUGGGCACCGGCCCAGCCAGGGUGUGCUGUCAGUGAGCCAGCUGUGCUACUGCAGUCACAUGGAAUAUACUGUCAGCGACCACAAGCCAGUAGCUGCCAUCUUUGCCGUGCAGUUUGCUUCCAAGGUGGACAAGCCCCUGGUUGAGAUUUAUGUGGCUGACGAGUGGAACAGGCCUGAGCAGGCAGUUGUCAGGUACAAGAUGGCUGUUGGCUUCCACCGGAGCUCCUGGGACUGGAUAGGACUCUACCGGGUGGGCUUUCGGCACCCUAAAGACUACGUGUCCUAUGUCUGGGCCAGGAGCGAUGAUGGGGAGCGCUGCCUGGAGAAGCAGCUCUGUGCACAGGUGAUGUUCUCUGAGGAAGCACUGCCCAAGGGGAAUGGCGAGUACAUCCUUGGGUAUUACAGCAACACCUCCAGUAGCAUCGCUGGUGUGACUGAGCCCUUCCAGAUUUCCCUCCCCAGGUCAGAGGAGGGCAGCAGCUCUACGGACAGCUCAGGCAGCAGCUCAGAAGAGGAUGACAGUACACUUGUCCUCCUGGCCCCCAAAUCCCGUAGCCCCAGCCCGGGCAAGAUGAAACGUCACCGGAGCCGAAGCCCCAGCCUGGCCAAGUUCCAGGGCCUCAUCCUGCGGCCAUCAAGCCGGGACAGGGGUACAAGCCGCAGUCCCUCACCCCAAAGCCGUUGCAGCCUCCCCAGGAAUAUCCCAACCAUCCAUCUGCCCCAGGAGGAGCAGGGGCACCAUGGAGUCAAAAGCAAGGAGUUGGGACAGGCAGCAGAGAGCCCAGAGGGCAGCUGGUUCUACCAGACUGUGCAGGAGCAACGUGGCCUCCAGCGUGUCUCUGCUGACAGCUCCCUGGCCAGGGCUGAUCCCCGGAAUCUGGGCCUGCUGCCUGCACUGCGCCUGGAGAUGAUAGACCAAGCCCUGGGCCGGCGGCGGGAGAGCACAGACCAGGGCUAUUAUCCCUGCCGGAGAAUGAGCCCCACCAGCCCCGCAGGCUGUGGCACCUCCCCAAAUGAGGGGCACAGCCCCCAGGAACUGGACAGACAUAGCUGUGCCAUGGGCCGUUGAUGCAGUGGCUUCCUUCCUUCUCCGCAAAGCGCGCUUGCUCUGUACUUUCCUCUGCCACUUCCCUGCUGAGACACUCCCUCCCUUAUUUAUUGCAGUGACUCCUCACCCCUGUUGUGUGCCUGGCAGGUAGAGGCCCCCCCUCCCUGCCCCCAUCCCAAGCUUCUGCCCUGGGCAGGGCUGUGAGGUGACAACACUAGGGAGGGUGGGCAAAGCUGGUCUAAUGCGGUUUGGGGAACCCCUCAUGAACUUCAAUGCAGGACUCUUGUCCCAUGGGAGGAGUGCUGGCCUCACACCUGAGGUAGCACUAGAGGCCAGGGCAGGGCUCUGGCAGGAAUGGUGAUGGGCACAGAGCAAGGACCACCACAGGGUACCCUGGAGAUCAAAGCUUGCUCCUUCCCUGCUCUACCACUGUGCCUCAGCCUGAACAUAGUGAAAGUCACAAAAUAAAUGAUCCUGCCCA